AUGACGAGAACUGUCACUGUCCUCGGGAUGCGACUCACCAAUAAAUUGGAUCUUGGUUUGGAUGUAAAAACAAAGCUCAUUACGGUCGAUGACAAUCCAGUUCUCCUCCAACUUUGGGACACAGCUGGACAGGAAAGGUUCAGAAGUAUUGUCGCGUCCUUCUACAGAAAGGCGGAUGGGAUCCUACUGCUUUACGAUUGCACGGCGGAAAGAUCUUUCACAAACAUCCGAAAUUGGAUCUCAGUAAUACGGGUUGUUUACCGUAUUCUCAGUAGCAUCAUACUGAGCCGAAUUUUCGCUUACUACCUGGCUACAUCAUCCAUCGAUUCCGCUGUUCUCCUGUAUCAUGGCGACUUUAUGCUCUCCUAG